UCCGGCUGGGCGUGACUUGGCAGCCGCUCUCCGCUCUCUCUCUCUCUGGGCUGCUCUCCCGCUCCUCUCCGCGCUUGCUUCGCCCGCCUGACUUCCAUCCUCGCUGCGAGGGGACUCUCCAGGGCGAGAGAGAGAGAGAGGGAGAGGGCGGGAGAGGGAGAGAGGGAGCCGAGCCGAGGGAGAGGAGCCAGGCGGAGGCUGCGCGGGGCUCGGGGAGCGCAACAGGGAGCGAGGCAGCCAGCGCCGUCUUGUUUCCCCCGGAGUUACAGCGAGGAGGAGCAGCAGAAGCCGGAGGAGCUUCCCUUCUUUUUCCUUCCCCUUGGAGGGGGUCCCCUUGGAGGCGCCCCCUUUCCCGCCCUCUCUUUCCCCCGGAGGGCCGGCGGAGCGGGGCUUUUUCCCUCCCGAGGGAAAGGAAUAUGGGGAAAGUUGCAACUUGGCUCCUGACUUUGGCUGGACUUUUGCUGGCAGCCCGAGCAGAGACGUUCACAGGUGGCUGUUCUUUUGAUGAACCAUUUACCUCAUGCGGAUAUAGUCAGUCUGAAGAUGAUGAUCUUAACUGGGAUCAAGUCAACACACUGUUAAAGCCCUCAUCGGAUCCUUGGAUGCCCACAGGCUCUUUCAUGUUGGUGAAUACCUCUGGAAGGAUUGGACAAAGAGCCCAUCUUUUGCUACCACACCUUAAAGAAAAUGAUACCCAUUGUAUCGAUUUCAACUUUUAUGUUUCUAGCAAGAGUGGGUCCAGUCCUGGUGUAUUAAAUGUUUACGUGAAAGUCAACAAUGGUCCACUUGGUAGCCCAGUGUGGAAUAUGUCUGGAGCUCCAAUAGGAACUUGGAACAAAAUUGAAUUGGCAAUCAGCACCUUUUGGCCAAACUUCUAUCAGAUAGUUUUUGAAGUAAUCACUUCAGGUCACCAAGGAUACCUGGCUAUCGAUGACGUGAAGUUUUUAGGACAUCCAUGCACGAGCACACCCCAUUUUCUGCGUGUCCAAAGUGUGGAAGUCAAUGCUGGGCAGUUUGCCACUUUCCAGUGCAAUGCUAAUGGCAGAACAGUCCAAGGCAAUAGGCUUUGGUUGCAGGGUCUGCUUGUACGAGAUGCACCUCUGAAGGACAUGAAAAUUUUUAAUGAUCGGCGAUUUGUAGCUUCCUUCAGUGUGGUGAAUGCUACCAAGCGGGAUGCUGGCAAUUAUCGCUGUAUGAUUCGCACAGAAGGAGGAGUCGGAGUUUCAAAUUAUGCAGAACUGAUUGUGAAAGAGCCUCCUGUUCCCAUUGCACCGCCCCAGCUGUCAUCUGUUGGUGCAACCUAUUUAUGGAUACAAUUGAAUGCCAAUUCCAUAAAUGGAGAUGGACCCAUCAUUGUGAGAGAAGUAGAAUAUCGCACCUCCAGUGGAAAUUGGUAUGAUAAACAACCAGUAGAUUCUGCAAGCUAUAAAAUCGGACAUCUUGAUCCAGAUACAGAAUAUGAAAUUAGCGUGCUGCUUACUAGACCAGGUGAAGGAGGUACUGGAUCCCCUGGGCCAGCUCUUAAAACAAGAACAAAAUGUGCUGAUCCUGUGCGUGGUCCAAGGAAACUGGAAGUUGUAGAUAUCAAAUCCUGGCAGAUUACCAUCACUUGGGAACCAUUUGGCUACAAUGUAACUCGUUGCCAUAAGUACAACCUAACAGUCCAUUAUUGCUACCAAGCUGGUGGACAAGAACAAGUCAGAGAAGAAGUGAGCUGGGAUACUGACAACUCGCACCCUCAGCACACCAUUACUAAUCUCUCCCCCUAUACUAAUGUCAGCAUCAAACUCAUUCUAAUGAAUCCUGAAGGAAGGAAAGAAAGCGAAGAAAUUGUGGUACAGACAGAUGAAGAUGUUCCAGGAGCCGUACCUCUGGAAUCUAUCCAAGGAAGUACAUUUGAGGAGAAGAUUUUCCUUCAGUGGAAGGAGCCAGUCCAGACAUAUGGUGUGAUCACAGUAUAUGAGAUCACCUACAAAGCUGUCAGCUCCUUUGACCCAGAAGCAGAUUUAUCUAACCAAAGUGGACGUGUUCCAAAACAUGGGAAUGAAACACACAAUUUAUUUUUUGGAUUGUAUCCUGGGACCACUUACUCCUUCACUAUCAGAGCCAGUACAGCAAAGGGGUUUGGGCCACCUGUUACAAGUCAAUUCACUACAAAGAUAUCAGCACCUUCCAUGCCACCCUAUGAACUGGAAACACCUUUAAAUCAAACUGACAGCACGGUGACAGUUCUGUUGAAACCUGCACAGAGCAGAGGAGCUCCAGUCAGCGUCUACCAAAUCGUUGUUGAAGAGGAACGUCCCCGCAGAACGAAGAAAACAACUGAAAUCUUGAAAUGCUAUCCAGUGCCAAUACACUUCCAGAAUGCUUCUCUUUUGAACUCUCAGUAUUAUUUUGCAGCAGAGUUUCCAGCCAACGGUAUUCAAACUGCUCUACCUUUUACUGUCGGUGACAACAAAACUUACAACGGCUUCUGGAACACUCCUCUGCUCCCUCAUAAAAGUUAUAGCAUUUAUUUUCAAGCUCUCAGCAGAGCCAAUGGGGAAACAAAAAUUGACUGCGUCAGAGUGGCCACAAAAGCUGCGAUAAUCGUGACUCAGCUUACAACACCAUACAUUCGCAUCGCCCCUGCUGCAGGCGACGACCAACUAACAGGUGCUGCUACUCGAAAACCAGACCCUGAGCCAGAAAAGCAAACAGACCACACUGUUAAAAUAGCUGGAGUGAUUGCAGGAAUCUUGCUGUUCGUUAUUAUAUUUCUUGGGGUUGUGUUGGUUAUGAAGAAAAGAAGAAGCUAUCACUCCUACACUUAUUACCUGAAAUUGGCUAAAAAGCGGAAAGAGACAUUGAGCAGCACGCGGCAGGAAAUGACAGUGAUGGUGAACUCAAUGGAUAAAAGCUACACUGAACAAGGCACUAACUGUGAUGAGGCUUUCUCUUUCAUGGACACACACAAUCUAAAUGGAAGAUCUGUAUCAUCACCCUCUUCAUUCACAAUGAAAACAAACACACUGAGUACAACUGUGCCUAAUUCUUACUAUCCAGAUCCGUUUGUGCCAACUGCCAUUUUAGUGCCAAUAAAUGAUGAAACUCACACAAUGGGCAGUGAUACAAGCAGCCUGGUCCAGUCACACACCUAUAAGAAGCGAGACCCUGUGGAUGUGCCAUACCAAACUGGGCAGCUCCAUCCAGCUAUCCGUGUUGCUGAUUUGCUGCAGCACAUUACACAGAUGAAAUGUGCAGAAGGCUAUGGGUUCAAGGAGGAAUAUGAGAGCUUCUUUGAAGGACAGUCUGCACCAUGGGACUCUGCUAAAAAAGAUGAGAACCGAAUGAAGAAUAGAUAUGGGAAUAUCAUUGCAUAUGAUCAUUCUCGAGUUAGACUGCAGCCCAUCGAAGGGGACUUAAACUCAGACUACAUCAAUGGAAAUUAUAUUGAUGGUUAUCAUCGGCCAAACCACUAUAUUGCUACACAAGGGCCGAUGCAAGAGACAAUAUACGACUUUUGGAGAAUGGUCUGGCAUGAAAAUACAGCAAGUAUAGUCAUGGUGACAAAUCUUGUGGAAGUGGGAAGGGUCAAGUGCUGUAAAUACUGGCCAGAUGACACAGAGAUAUAUAAAGACAUUAAAGUUACCCUAAUAGAAACGGAGCUCCUGGCAGAAUAUGUGAUCCGAACAUUUGCAGUAGAAAAGAGAGGUGCCCAUGAAAUCCGAGAAAUCAGACAGUUCCACUUCACAGGGUGGCCGGAUCAUGGUGUGCCUUACCAUGCAACAGGACUUUUAGGAUUUGUUCGCCAAGUCAAAUCCAAAAGUCCACCAAAUGCUGGUCCAUUGGUUGUACACUGCAGUGCUGGGGCUGGCCGAACAGGAUGCUUCAUUGUCAUUGACAUUAUGCUAGACAUGGCAGAAAGAGAAGGUGUUGUAGAUAUAUACAACUGUGUCAGAGAGCUUCGUUCUCGAAGAGUUAACAUGGUGCAAACUGAGGAACAGUAUGUAUUCAUACAUGACGCAAUACUUGAAGCCUGUCUGUGCGGAGAUACCUCUGUUCCAGCUUCUCAAGUUAGAUCUGUAUAUUAUGAAAUGAAUAAACUGGACCCUCAGACCAAUUCAAGCCAAAUCAAAGAAGAAUUUAGAACCCUGAAUAUGGUGACUCCCACAUUACGUGUGGAGGACUGCAGCAUAGCACUUUUACCUCGGAAUCAUGAGAAGAACCGCUGCAUGGAUGUCCUUCCGCCAGACAGAUGCCUGCCUUUCCUCAUCACAAUAGAUGGGGAGAGCAGUAACUAUAUCAAUGCCGCACUGAUGGAUGUAAGCUCUUCUCCUGAGAGUUAUAAACAGCCUUCAGCUUUUAUAGUUACACAACAUCCUUUACCAAAUACUGUCAAAGAUUUCUGGAGACUGGUUCUAGACUAUCACUGCACAUCAAUCGUUAUGCUGAAUGAUGUGGAUCCAGCACAAUUGUGUCCACAAUAUUGGCCUGAGAAUGGAGUUCAUCGGCACGGCCCUAUUCAGGUGGAGUUUGUUUCUGCAGAUUUAGAAGAAGAUAUUAUCAGCCGGAUAUUCCGAAUUUAUAAUGCAUCAAGACCCCAGGAUGGCUAUCGAAUGGUGCAACAAUUUCAGUUCCUGGGAUGGCCCAUGUAUAGAGACACCCCUGUGUCGAAGCGCUCCUUUCUGAAAUUGAUACGUCAAGUGGACAAGUGGCAAGAAGAGUACAAUGGAGGUGAAGGCCGCACAGUCGUCCAUUGCUUGAACGGAGGAGGCCGCAGUGGGACAUUUUGCGCAAUCAGUAUUGUUUGUGAAAUGCUGCGACACCAGAGAGCUGUUGAUGUAUUUCAUGCUGUGAAGACCCUGAGGAAUAAUAAGCCUAAUAUGGUGGACCUUCUGGAUCAAUAUAAAUUCUGCUAUGAAGUGGCUUUGGAGUACUUGAAUUCUGGCUGAUGGCACAAAAUAUGUGGAGGGAUGAAGACCUUUCAGUGCCACAAUCAAAGCGAGUUGCUUCAUGAUAUCUGUGUGUAAGAGAGACAAAGACUUCUCAGUGUUACGCUUCUAUUGCUUUGUAUUGGCUCUUUUUAAGAGCCCAAGAGAGUCUUUCCAAAAAUGCUUGCACUGCCUAUUUUCCACAGGAUGGCUGCUGCUUGAGACACCUACAAUCCUACAGUCACACACAAACUCACUUCAGUGGUUGAAAACCACUACCAUAGAAACCUGAUAUACCAGCCUAGUCAUCUGGUAAACUAAAGAGCACAAUUCUACUCCCAUGAAGAAUUUUUUUUGUUUCUGUUGUACUUUUUGUUGCCCGUGAUCCUUUGUUGUUGUCGUCACAGCCUAGCGUACAUUUUUGUUCUGUGGAGAAUGCCGUCUAGCGUUUUGAUAAAUGUAUUUUAGUUACAUUUGUAUCUUACUUGCUCUUAAUACAACAAAGCCACUGUAGCUUAAACCAAACUAAUAGCUACACAGACAGACCACAUUAACUUUGCAGAACUCUAUUUUUCUGUCCAACUUAUAUUGUUUGAGAAAGGAGAGACUUGACAGAAGUCCAUUAAGAAAAUGAAAAAAACAUACAGGAUGAUCAGAUUAAUAUAUCCAAAGCUUUCCCCCCAUUUGUUUAUAUUGUAAAUAUUUUUUUGAUUUCAUCAAAUUAUUUAUUCAUUAAAGAGAAAUCUUUUGUGAA